AUGCAGUCUAGUGGCGGAUUCAUCAUCGACGACUUGUCGACAGUGUUUGAUUUCGACGACCCCAGCAGUCGUACAGCCGUGCAGUCCAACGAGGAACACAACAGCAGCAGCAGCCACCAUGGCGACGUGACAGACUCGAUUGCGACACCGAAACCACUGACCAGCAAGCAGGAAGCCAAGCUCAGGUCGUUCCUCGAUGGUGCACUGGAAGAAAUCACGCGAGGCUAUCGCAAACGAUUCGAUCCUACUUCGCCGCUACACACAUUGGCCAGCUACCUUGGCGAGUGGAUGCGCUUAUUGGGUGUCCUUGCUCACGUGCCACCGUAUGGCAGUGGAAGCACCAACCUGCUCGUCUCGUACCUGCUGCGAUGCUCCACUGAUCUCAGCGAUGGCAUCACAGGAUACAGCCUGGCCAUGGAGGCCAUGGCAUUGAAACGACAGCGAAAGCGCCAAAGGCAGCAGCAGGAUAGUGGAUCGAAGAAGAGACCAGGCAGCGACGUCCAAGACGCUGGUCAAGAACCUGGUCAGGACCACGAGUCCGAGGACGCUGACUCAGACUCGGACGAAGAAGAUGAAAGACAGCAUCAAAUCGCCUCGCGCACAAAACAGCUCAAUCUUGCCCUCCAAACACUGGAUUUUCUUGACCGAAUAUGGGCAGCAGUGUUGAGGGGCAACAUCAUCAAUCUUCCAGUAGCGCUCGGCAACGCAAGGAAAGCAUUUCCAGAUUCGUCAGACGCCGAUACCGCCGUCAUUCAAUCUAGCACCAAUGACUAUCUGCAGUCUCGACGACCCCACCUCGCCCCAGCGAUGCACUCCACAAGCAGUCUGGUGCCUUCUCCCGCCAUCGACGGUCGAUUCAUAUCCAACGCUUCCGCCUCUUCGAGCACGUCGCCUCGAGAAAGCUUGCCUAUACACGGUGGUCGCGGAAACAAGACGGUUGGAGUGACGGACCAGGUGCGAUUGCGAAACAUCGCCAUCUCUUCGCGUGAUAAACUCUUUGCUUGGAUGCGUUCUGAGCUGGAUGCACCUGCUCCGCCUACGAUGCAAGAAGACGAGCCUGAGCAGGACGAGCCUCCAGACAACACACUCGAUGGCGCACUCGAUAUCAAGCAGCGCAUUGGCACAGUUAUAGAGCAGGAUGAAGACGAAGACGACCCGGAGUUCGAAGAUGUCGACGUCGGUGGUGGAAAAGUUGGCAUGGAAGAAAAUUUUGACGCUGCUGAGGACACUGAGGAGCAUAAACACUAUCAAGACUUGUUCGACAAAAAGCUCGACCCCGACGCCGAUGACGAUGACGAUGGCGACGAUGACGAGCCUUCUGGUCUUCAGAACAGGUUCCAAAAGGAGGUCGACUCAGAUCAAACGCUCGGCGCCUCCGUGCUAGGGACCGUCGAGACCGUCACUUCGAACGACCCCAACGGCAAGAGGAAACAUGACGACGACCUGGAUUUCGCGCCACAAGGCGACGAACCACGCGCCGAUGGGUUGCCGAGCAAGCGGCGCCGAACAGCUAGUGCGGAUGCAAACGAAGAUGAAGAGACAAAUGCGAACAACGCAGAUGCCAACGUCAAGAUGUCCCGUUCCGAACUCGGGUCCAUCAAUUUUAGCCUCUCCGAUUCCAUCGGACAAUGGGAUGUGGCUUUCACUCGUCUCUUUUCAAGAACAUUACGCACGCUCAGCGAUCUGUCCGACUUUGCAAAGCGGGGUGACAGGACCGACUUAACUUCGAGCCUGGCGGGGAUUUCCGGUGCAGACGAGCAGGAACCCGCAGACGAUCGAAGAUAA